UAAAGACAAAGUAUUUACUUUGUUUAUUUAAUUUAAAUUAUUCAUAUUGAAAUAAAUGAUAUAUCCAAAAUCCAACAUAUGGAGGCAAUACGAACAGUCUGCAGACUGCAGCACACAUGAUAUGGAUAGACCAAAUUUAAUUCGCACCAGAAUCUAAAAUUACAGAGCCAAAGACCAAACUCCUCCGACCAAUAGCAUCCCGCCAGCUCAGCGUCCCCCUUCACUCAACCUCACCUUAUCUUCUCCUACAGCCACAAAUCCCUUCUCCCUCCAAAAUCUCAAAAUAACUCUCCACACUCGGUCAUCAUCUCAAUAACAAAAAUUCAACUAAAGAAAAAAAAAUGUCGCUCACGAUCCCAACAAACUUCUCCAAAUCCAUCUCAACCCCCAUAUCCGCCGGAAAGCCUCGUAACGCCACCGCUGCAGUUGUGGUGUGCCGGGCGAGCUCCGAGGAGCCCUCCGCCGCAGUCACCACCUCCUCCUCCCAGCUGAAGGCGUUCUCUGCGGCGCUCGCCCUGUCUUCGAUCGUUCUAUCCGCGCCGGUGCUGCCGGCGUCAGCCGACAUCUCGGGGCUGACGCCGUGCAAGGAGUCGAAGCAGUUCGCCAAGCGCGAGAAGCAGGAGAUUAAGAAGCUCGAGUCGUCGCUCAAGCUGUACGCCCCCGACAGCGCCCCUGCCCUCGCCAUCCAGGCCACCAUCGAGAAGACCAAGCGCAGGUUUGACAACUAUGGCAAAGUGGGACUAUUGUGCGGUUCAGACGGUCUUCCUCACCUGAUCGUGAGCGGUGACCAGAGGCACUGGGGUGAGUUCAUAACUCCGGGCAUAUUGUUCUUGUACAUUGCCGGUUGGAUUGGGUGGGUUGGCCGCAGCUACUUGAUUGCCAUUAGAGAUGAGAAGAAGCCCACAAUGAAGGAGAUCAUAAUCGAUGUGCCACUGGCCAAUAAGCUCAUCUGGAGAGGCUUCAGCUGGCCAGUUGCUGCUUACAGAGAGUACUUGAAUGGGGAGCUUAUUGACCCCAAUGUCUAACAAAAAAAGUUCCGGGUAUUGUUUAUGUUAAAUUAUUUGUCGAUUUUUCUGGUUUUUUUUUGGGAGUGUAUAUUAUGGAGGGACACUUUUGUUUCUCAUAAAUUGUUCGUUCGUUGUUAAUUAUUUGCUCGAUGAAUGUUGAGAACCGAGCCAGCAGAGAACAGAGAAAAAAUAUCGUGAACAAUAAUAGCAAAAUCUACCAUUUUAGUGACGAUCUACUUGCAAUAGUGAAACUGAAUUGUUACUGAAUUGUUUCUAACAAGAUCGUGUAAUUGAGUUGCUCCAUUUGCUUUUUCUCGGCUAAUAACCUAUUAGUGAAGCAAAAUAGAAGCUAAUAUUACGCGAACUUUUGUAACUUUGAAGGAG